AUGUGUGACUGUCUCAGUUCCGGAACUACGCCUCAAGAGGGAGAGGCCUCUUCUUGCCAGCCAACCGACUUGACCCAGGGCGGCGCCGCCGCGCGCUGGCACGGUGGGCUGGGCAACGAGGUGAAUCACCGUCCUUUGUCGGAUUCUCCUCGGUCCGAUGAGCAGGACUCCGCACACGGUCCCUUGAGACAGGGUAAAACCGAAGACGGCAAUACUGCACAGCUUCCUGUUCAAGAGAACAGUCCCCUUCCGUUUCAAAGUGAGUCACCGGGCACCGAUUGGUUCAUUCAUCCCCUUCUGCUGCCGUUGCUCCCUUCCAGGUUCGUCUUCAAGAAUCCGUCGUGGCCCCCCACGCCAAAGAAGAAACGAAAUUUGGCUGCUGGAUGCUCCGGUGGGGUGGUGCCCUCUGCGGGGGCGAGAUGUGGUGCCGUGCAUACGGCCUCGUUCGCGCACGAGUCGUCGAGAUCAUCGAUUCACCCGAGCCCCGAGCCACGACGGGGUCUUCAAGACGCAUCACCUGGCCGUGCGUGUGUGGCGCCACCCGGAGAUCCCCGCAACGCAGGAUCGAAGGCGCCUCGGAACCCUUCGACUGUCAUAAGCAGCCGCAAGCGGCGGAAGACAUUGUUGAAGCCGAAGGGGCAGGUUCCAGACGAGUACUCGCCUGGACUCUGCUCGAAUCCAGUCGCUCCUGUACACCCGUCACCCUUACCUGUAUCCGGUUGCCUCACAGAACAUCAAGAUGACGCCUCUACAGAGAAGGCGACGCCACCCACCGAGCCCGUGGCGUGCGAGUCGAUGCCUGCGCAGGGUUCGCGUGCCACGAGUCCUGUACGCAGUGGUACCAGUCUGUGUCAGGGCGGUCCACAACGUCCAUCUAACGUGACUGAUGAGUGUAGCUUCUGGCAGGCAGGUUCACCCGCUACCUCGUCGAAAGGGCCCCAUCCACAUGCGCCCGCGGAUGGAACAGAUCGAAGCUCAGUUGCUCCUGGCUCUUGUGAGAAGUCUCUGGGCUCGUCUGCGAAGCCUCCAGCCUCCGUGUCGCCGGCGCUGUGCUCAGAUGCGGGAAUGCGUAUCAAAGGGGAAGCUGCGGAAUUCCAGACCCAAGGAACUGACGACAGCUGUAGAAGCAGCCCCUUUCAGCAGUCCUGUGCAUCGCUUGCCCGGCAUCCGGUAUCCAGGCCGCAGGCCGCGCAUCUGGCUACUGAGCGGGUUAGUAGCCAGGUCGGAGAGGACUCGUGUUCUGUUCGUCGCGCAGCAACGCUCGGAGGAAGGCGAGGGGUUGAGGCAUCUUCCCGCGCGUCGCCAUCGCAACUCUCCGAGUCGACAGUGAAGCCGGUCUUUCUGCCGUCAAUCGGGUGCGGUUUGACUGUGUCUGCUUCCUCGCUAGGCCGCGGAAGCGGACUCGGCGUGUACUCAUGUAGAGCGUACGCCGCUCGGUCGCGGAUCGGUGAGUACGCCGGUGUCUGCGUCGACAGGAAAGUCGCGAUGAUGCUUCGAGGGAUGGGGACGUCGACCCAUGUAAUGAGAGUCGGCAUGCAAUAUCAGUACCUGGUUGGAUACCGUUUGCCGUUCGUUUUCGGAGGCGCCGGCGCCUUUGUGAAUGACGGCCGAUGGUUCGCCGACGGACGCAAGGGGCCCGGCGUCACCGCAAGGUUCCAUGUUGUAUACGAUAAAAAACGUGCAAAGGACCGUGUCUACGUAGUUGCGACGCGAGAUAUUGCUCAGGGAGAGGAAAUCUUUACUAGCUAUGAUAACCAGUACUGGGCCUUGUUGCAGUAA